UGCCCAUUGUGACCCGGCCUGACUUCGCUCACCUCCCUGCGCCAGGUCCAAGAGGCUGGGGGAGACGAACCUGGCAGGGAGCCCCCAAUGAGCCACUCCUCCUCAUCACCCCCGAAACACAAGGGGGAGCACAAAGGCAGAGGUCUCCCCCGUGGUUCAGAAAGGGGCAGCUCCACCCGGGACAAGGACCGCAGUGCUACGGUCAGCAGCUCCAUGCCUGCCGGAGGGAAGGGAAGCCGGUCCAGCAGUGCCACCAACACAGCCCAGAAGGUCCCCAACCGCCUGAUCAAUGAGAAGUCCCCGUACCUCCUGCAGCAUGCCUACAACCCUGUGGACUGGUACCCCUGGGGACAGGAAGCCUUCGAUAAGGCCAAGAAAGAAAACAAGCCCAUCUUCCUCUCAGUGGGGUACUCCACCUGCCACUGGUGUCACAUGAUGGAGGAGGAGACCUUCCAGAACGAGGAGAUAGGCCGCCUGCUCAGCGAGGAUUUCAUCAGCGUGAAGGUGGACCGCGAGGAGCGGCCGGACGUGGACAAGGUGUACAUGACCUUCGUGCAGGCCACGAGCAGCGGCGGGGGCUGGCCCAUGAACGUGUGGCUCACCCCCAGCCUCCAGCCCUUCGUGGGGGGCACCUACUUCCCCCCCGAGGACGGCCUGACCCGAGUGGGUUUCCGCACGGUGUUGCUGAGAAUCCGGGAGCAGUGGAAGCAGAACAAGAACACCCUGCUAGAGAGCAGCCAGCGUGUCACCACGGCCCUCCUGGCCCGCUCAGAGAUCAGCAUGGGCGACCGCCAGGCGCCGCCCUCGGCCGCCACCAUGAACAGCCGCUGCUUCCAGCAGCUGGACGAGGGCUACGACGAGGAGCAUGGCGGCUUCGCGGAGGCCCCCAAGUUCCCCACCCCAGUGAUCCUGAGCUUCCUGUUCUCCUACUGGCUUGGCCACCGGCUGGCCCAGGAUGGCUCUCGGGCCCAGCAGAUGGCCUUGCACACCCUGAAAAUGAUGGCCAACGGGGGCAUCCGGGACCACGUGGGGCAGGGCUUUCACCGCUACUCCACUGACCGGCAGUGGCACGUGCCCCACUUUGAGAAGAUGCUGUACGACCAGGCGCAGCUCGCGGUGUCCUACUCACAGGCCUUCCAGAUCUCUGGAGAUGAAUUCUACUCUGAUGUCGCCAAGGGCAUCCUGCAGUACGUGAGCCGGAGCCUGAGCCACCGGUCUGGUGGUUUCUGCAGCGCAGAGGACGCAGACUCGCCCCCGGAGCGAGGCAUGCGGCCCAGGGAGGGUGCCUUCUACGUGUGGACAGCCAAGGAGGUCCAGCGUCUCCUCCCGGAGCCUGUGGCGGGCGCCACGGAGCCGCUGACUUCGGGCCAGCUCCUCACCAAGCACUAUGGGCUCACAGAGGCCGGCAACAUCAACACCUCUCAGGACCCCAAAGGGGAGCUGCAGGGCCAGAACGUGCUGACCGUCCGCUACUCGCUGGAGCUGACUGCGGCCCGCUUCGGCCUGGAGGUCGAGGCAGUGCGGAGCCUGCUCACAGCGGGGCUGGACAAGCUCUUCCAGGCCCGGAAGCAGCGGCCAAAGCCACACUUGGACAGCAAGAUGCUGGCUGCUUGGAAUGGCCUGAUGGUUUCUGGCUACGCUGUGACCGGGGCCGUCCUGGGUGUAGACAAGCUGGUCCACUGCGCCACCAAUGGGGCUAAGUUCCUCAAGCGGCACAUGUUUGACGUGGCCACUGGCCGUCUGAAGCGGACCUGCUACGCUGGCACCGGGGCCACCGUGGAGCACAGCGAGCCACCCUGCUGGGGCUUCCUGGAGGACUAUGCCUUCGUCGUGCGGGGCCUGCUGGACUUGUACGAGGCCUCACAGGAGAGCGCGUGGCUGGAGUGGGCCCUGCGGCUGCAGGACACGCAAGACAGGCUCUUCUGGGACUCCCAGGGUGGCGGCUACUUCUGCAGUGAGGCCGAGCUGGGGGCCGGCCUGCCCCUGCGCGUGAAGGAUGACCAGGACGGUGCAGAGCCCAGCGCCAACUCGGUGGCGGCCCACAACCUGCUGCGGCUGCACGGCUUCACGGGCCACAAGGACUGGCUGGACAAGUGCGCAUGUCUGCUCACCGCCUUCUCCGAGCGCAUGCGCCGCGUGCCUGUGGCGCUGCCCGAGAUGGUCCGCGCGCUCUCUGCCCACCAGCAGGGCCUCAAGCAGAUUGUGAUCUGCGGAGACGCCCAGGCCAAGGACACCAGGGCUUUGCUGCAGUGCGUGCAUUCCCUCUACGUCCCCAACAAGGUGCUGAUUCUGGCUGACGGGGACCCCUCGAGCUUCCUAUCCCGCCAGCUGCCCUUCCUGAACACGCUGAGGCGGCUGGAGGACCGGGCCACCGCCUACGUGUAUGAGAACCAGGCCUGCUCCAUGCCCAUCACGGAGCCCUGCGAGUUACGGAAACUGCUUCUCCAGUGACUGCUCACCCCAGGGCUGGGGCGGAAGGUCAGGCUUCCCAGCCGACUCCGACCCUGCAGGGCUGAGUGGAGCCUGAGGCCACCCGGUGGCCUUGGCCCUCCUCUCUGCUCCCCAUGGGCACCCAUGCACCCUGGAAUAAACCUAACAGCAUCCCGUGGUAA